CGUGCUUAGAGGCCUCCCGGAAUAUACUUAGCACAACGUGGCCUCUUCUGUAUACUAGAUUGUGAUUCAUCUGCUUGCCUCCUUCAAUUUGCUCUAAAUGCCCUCUUUUCUCUUAUUAUAAACAUAACAAGCCCUCUGUCCAUCUGAAACAUUCUUUAGUGACCCAGACAUAAAGGCCAAAGUUAGCCCAAAUCAACCGUAUUCAGUGGCACCAUGGCUCAAACACCACAGCAGAGAAAGGCCAAUGAGAGGUAUGCAAAGCAUGAAGCCGCAAAGCGUGGCAAAGGAGGGGUGAUGGCGAAGCCAAAGCAGAACUCACGGUCUCCAGUAUCUACUGGCUGGAUUGUCAUCCUUGCGUUCGUUGUUUGUGGUGGAAUAUUUCUUGAAUUACUGGGGAUUGUGCCUCGGUUAUGGUCCGCUCUUGUUACGAACUUUAGUCAGUUGCUGCAGUAGGUAUAAACACAGCUUGCUACGUUGCAAUAUCGCAUGUUAUUAUUAUCCACGACAAAUCGAUGGCCACUGUCGAAGCGAUUAUCUUAGGGGCCUCCGACCCUCAACUUCUUGCUUAAUGCUUCGAAUGCAUUUAUGUUACCAUUAUCCUGCUGCA